CAGCGGCGGCGGCGGAGGAGAGCGAGUGCGCGAGCAGAUAGUAAAAAGAGAGCGUGCAGCCGAGUGAGCAGAGCCCUGUUUGGGUUUCUUUUCAUUUUCAUCUGAAAGCCCGGGCAUUGAUCGGCUCCUGGAUGAUCCAAAACCUAACGAUCUGUCUGGCGCUGCUACACCUGGACCCCCUGACCAGCACUCCGCCGACAUGUCCCGCAGGAAGCAGAGCAAUCCCCGGCAGAUCAAACGGCCUUUAGAGGACACCUUGGAUGAGGAUGAGGACGAGCGACUCUCUGAAGAAAGUCCCAUCAUCCCAAAGGAAGAGUUUUCAGUGGAGAAUUUCUCGGCAGAUUUUGAACCUGAGAACUUGAGCUGCGAGGACAUGGAGUACUUCUGCAACAAAGACGAGGACAUCAUACAAGACACGGCUGAGUCCGAUGGAGACCCCCAGGCUGAAAAAGCAGGACAGUCCACCCUGGAAGCGGAGGACUGGGAUGGUCCAGGAGAGCUGGAAGUUUUCCAGAAGGAGGGAGAGCGGAGGAUCCACAGUCGGCAGCAGCUCGCCGUUGGUACAACCUGGGGGCCUUUCGAUGGCAAAAUUGAAAUGAGCGCUGAUGGCAUCGCCUUGAAGACGAAAUGUUCAGUCCCAGUGGUGCUGCACGCUGGCCCCAGGUGGCUGCUGGAUGUGACUUGGCAAGGCGCAGAGGACAACAAAAACAACUGCGUGGUGUACAGCAAAGGAGGUCAGCUUUGGUGCACCACGACCAAGAGCAUCACGGAAGGCGAGGAGCUGGUGGCAUUUGCGGUGGACUUCGACUCGAGGCUCCAGGCCGUCAGCCACAUGUCGCUGACCGAAGGAAUGUACCCGGCCCGCCUGCUGGACACCAUCCAGCUGCUCCCGCAGCAGGCCGCCAUGGCGUCCAUCCUGCCGACGGCCAUCGUUAACAAGGACAUCUUUCCUUGCAAGGCCUGUGGGAUAUGGUAUCGAAGUGAACGCAACCUGCAGGCCCACCUCAUGUACUACUGCAGUGGCCGCCAGAGGCACUUGGACGGCAUGUCCAACGAAGAGGGCGACGGUGGCCUUCAGCAGACUCCCAGUAUUUGCCCCUUUCCACAGUGCAACAAGAGCUUCUCGGGCACACGGAUGCUUGAAAUGCACCUGACGACACACAGCAACAUCAAAAUGGAGGAGACUCUGCCGGCCGGGGCCAGCCUGAAGUGCACAAUCUGCAACUUUGCUGCCGACUCUCUGCUCGCCUUCCAGCACCACAUCCUGUCUCACCUCACUCAGGCCGCCUUCCGCUGCAGCCAGUGUCAUAUCAGCUUCCAGACACACAGGGAGCUUCUGCAACAUCAGGAGUUGCACGGCCAUGGCAGCAAACUCCAGAGGGAGAGUGACAGCGAGCACUCGCCGAGGACCGCCGAAGAACACCUGCAAGGAUCGCGAACUGACGGCGUAGGCCGAAAAGACCUCCUUCAAAGCCCCAAAAGCACUCAAAACAAGGACAUGAACACAGCUGACCCUGACUUGGAAAAGAGUGACAAAAAGCCCCUGAUGUCAGUCCAGAAGAGCGAGCCUCUCCUCUCCAGUAAAUCUAGCUUCUCGUACACGAGAAUCAAGUCCGAGCCCUCGAGCCCACGACUGGCCUCCUCACCCGUCCAGCCUGGGCUGGGUCCUUCGUUCCCAAUGGGCCCCUUCUUAUCACAGUUUGCUUUUUCCCAGGACAUCUCAGUGGUUCCUCAAGCUUCGGAGAUCCUGGCUAAAAUGUCGGAGCUUGUCCAUCGCAGGCUGCGGCAUGGUGGCGGUAGCUACCCCCCUGUCAUAUACAGCCCCCUCAUGCCAAAGGGCGCCACCUGCUUCGAAUGCAAUAUCACCUUUAACAAUCUGGACAACUACCUGGUUCACAAGAAGCACUACUGCAACAGUCGCUGGCAGCACAUGAACAAGUCCCCUGAUUUUUCGAGCGUCUCAGAGAAGGUGUCUGAAGCAGUCAGUCCUAACAACAGCCACAACUCUGUAAACCUCCUCAGCGCCAUGUGUCACCCAGGUGAUUCGGACAAUCCUCUCAUUCCAUCAUCAUGUUUGAACUCAUCCGUUUUAGAUCUCAUUAGCUCUAGCGGCAAAGGCACGGACAAGGAGCUUCCUCCACCAGCUAAGAAAGUGGCCUCGCCAACAGGCACCGACGAAAGGCUCAACGGAAAACCAUCAGAUGGGAAAUGCCCAAGCACUUCGCUCCCAGAAGCGGACACAGACCCCAACAAGACGACGUGCGAGGCAUGCAACAUCACCUUUAGUCGGCACGAGACCUAUGUGGUGCACAAACAGUACUACUGCGCCACACGCCACGACCCACCUAUGAAGCGCGUUUCUGCCAACAAAGUGCCUGCCAUGCAGAGGACGAUGCGCACUCGUAAACGCAGGAAGAUGUACGAGAUGUGUCUCCCAGACCAGGACCAGCGGCUGCAGCUGGCACAGCCGGCCUUCCUCGGCUUGCCAACGUUAGGGAGUCCGUGUACCUCUCAGGAAGCUCUUGAACCACUGAGCGACAGGUUUCACCCACGAUGCGAGGUAUUUCAGGGCCUGGUGCCCAAGCACCUCGAGGCGUCGCUUUCCGCCGCCAAAGCUGCUCUGGGGACCAAAUGCAAUAGCAUCGACCAUCAGGACCUGGAUGCACCGAUAGAUCUCAGCAAGAAAUGCUCCCCUCAUUCAGAUAAGACAAGCGGGUCCCCAAAAAGACUUUUGGACUAUCACGAGUGUACGGUGUGCAAGAUCGGUUUUAACAAAAUUGAGAACUACCUGACCCACAAGCAGAACUUCUGUCCUGUGACCGCUCACCAGCCCAGUGAGGUCAGCAGCCUGGAGCGAACGAUAUUUCCAGAAAUCAAAAGUGAGUGCAAUAACGCGGAUGAAGGCUACGACAAGAGCCCAGUGAAAUGCGAGAAAGGCGCCGGUGCCAAGCUGCUCGUGCAAAACGGGAACUUGCUUUCGCCGCACUUGGGAACGUUGCCAGGGCUCAAAUCAUUCGGGGAGGCGUCGCAGCUCGUCUUCACCAAGGAGGAGAACAAAAAUAUGUUCCUGCCACACUGCCUUUACCCAGGAGCAAUAAAAAAAGCGAAAGCAGCCGAACAAAUCUCGCCAUACUUCGGCAUAAAGCCAAGUGACUACAUCUCUGGAAGUUUAGUCUUACAGACUGAAAUAAGUGAAGCGGACCCGUGUGCGAACGACACGUCCAAAGAGCAGCCCGCUCCCAACGGCUGUGCACAUCUAAACAAGGAGCCUUUGCCUUUGCUGCCUAAGAACAGGGGCGCAGUCAUCGUCAACGGCGGGCAUAAGCAGGAGGACCGCUCCGUCUGCAUCAAUGCCCAGCAGGAGAACUUGCCGUCAGACGGUCACGCAUCUCCCCCGUGGGCGUCGGAAAACCCGACCGAUGCAAAUGAAAACGUGUCUCCGCCCAUCAAGCCGGCGGCAGAGGAGGCACUGCCCAGCGUAACGAAAGGCGUGAACGGAUCGGGCCAGCCAGUUGGCAGCGGCAAGUACUGCCGGCUCUGUGAUAUUCAGUUUAACAACCUCUCGAACUUCAUAACUCACAAAAAGUUCUACUGCUCGUCACACGCGGCCGAGCACGUCAAGUGACGCUCCGGCCUCCCCUUUUGGUACCCGGUGUGUGCGUGUGUGUGCGUGGAGUAGUGCAUCCUACAGUUUUAUAGGCUGCUUGUGGACAAUCAAGAGAAGCUUCUUUGAAGAAUUCAAUGCGGUUCAUUGGUAAAACUCGAGUGUACUAUUGGUGCCAUUUGCCCAUCCUUUUAUUUAUUUUCCAAUCAGUAUUAAUAGCGGUAGUAAUGUUAAUUUAAAAGAAAAGGAGAUCUUUCUAUAAAGUCGUUUGUAACGUUAUUGUAUAGUCAUUUCUCGUGUAGCACCCAUGGUUUACAAUGUACGGUAGACGCCGCGAUUCCAUAGUCGAAGAUGACAAAAAAGCAUUUUAGACAAGAAUAGCUACAAAAGCACUUGUGUAUUUCUUCUUUGCUGUUGCAGUUUCCGGGUAUGCUUCGAUAUAAUUUGCAGCUGGAUCUCACGACAUUUGGCCUUAAACCCCCCUGUCUCUCGGACCACCCAGGCACAUGGGCCUGCAUUUUAUAUUUGAGCAUUCGCGCUGGUCCCUGGGCUUCGCCGAUGUUUGUAGCAGUUUGUCUCUGUCUCUUUUCAGAAUUUCAAAAAAAGUAUGGCGGCGGUCUUGUAUAGUUCUUGUAUUUUCAUUUGCUGAUGCCCUUCGAGUUCACUUUUUAAAAUUUUGCUGUUAAUGCAAUACCUUUCUAAAAAAAAAACGAAAAAGAAAAAAGAAAAAUGAAAAGCAGUAUUCGGAUUAUGGUAGGGCAGCUCUCCAGAUUUGUUUUGUAUUCCAUAAAACGGACACUCAGCCGGAUUUAAUAUCGAUGUUCCUAAGAGAAAUGGACGUGGGGUGGUGGGAGGGGGUGGGGCAGGCAGGAGAAGUGACCAUGUUAAAGAUGAUCAUUCCAAUGUUCUAAUUAUGACAAACGCUGAAUAUCUCAACAACGUUGUUGCUAUGCAUGUAAAUGGAUGGAAUAAAAUUCCAGAACUGUUGGAAAUUUUCAUUUGGAUAUGGUGUCAUAAUUAAAAUGGAACGCUCAGGCUCAUGUGCUG